AUUAGAUAAAGUGAAUGUCCACAUUUAAGUACUUAUUCAAAUUUAUCAUAAUUGGCGAUUCAUGUAAAAUAGAUAUGAAUAUAAAAGUUGUUGGUAAAUCUUGUCUUGUUUAGUAAUUUUUACAGGAUCAACCAAGACAAGAACAUGAAAUCACAGUUGGUAUAGAAUUUGGUGUUAAGGAAAUGAAUAUAUCUGGUUCAAUUAUACGUCUAUCAAUAUGGGAUACAGCAGGAUAAGAGACAUUUAGAUCAUUGAUUCGUUCAUACUAUCGAUCUGCAAUAGGAGUGCUUCUAUGUUAUGAUUGUUCUAGUAUGUAAUCAUUUAAUGGAAUUGAUAAAUGGGUGCAAGAAGUGAAGAAUAAUGGAAAUGAGAGUAGAAGCUUCAAUAAUUAAAGAUGUUGUUAUCGCACUUGUUUGCAAUAAAAUUGAUCUACAAGAGUAUACAGUCCUUUUCCUUUAUUUAUAGACGUUAAGUAUCAUCCAUCCAAGGGAGAUAAUACGCAGUUGACGAAGGCUUUCUCUAUUUUGAGGUUUCUGCUUUAAAUGGAAUUGGUGUUUAAUAACUCUUCCGAGAUUUAACUAUUGAAAUUAUAAAACGAAUUGACAAUGCUAUUAUUGAUUUGGGAAAACAUGUAUAAUUAUGUUUUACUUGUAGUAAUAAGGAAUUGUAGUUGGAGAGAUAAAUCCAUCUCCUACUAAAUAAAUAAUCACUCUUGAAUAAGAAGAUAAUCAAUAGUAAAAGAAUUAGAAAAAAAAGUCUUGUUGUUGAGCAG